CUUACACAUCUUCUGAGAUGUCUUCAUCGGCGCUGGCCUCCUCGUUGUGGUACAAACCUUGGCAAAGAACAGAGGACACGGCCAGCGGCUAAUCUUGGCGCUACUCUAUCUUCACCGGGACAAUCAAGUUGACCAACCUUUGUCAGAACAACUUCUAGAAGCACUACAUCUUCAACUUCUGCCCCAUCAAUCUCCACAUUGGUGAGCCUUUGAUGUGAGAGAUGUCAGAGGACGAACCAGGACUCGAUGGGACCCCAUUAUUGCUAACAAGAUUGCUAUCAGCAGAAUAUGCAAAUUGGAGAUGAUCUUGUCAUGAAGAACUUAAUGUCCGACAUCAAUAACACAGCCUUGAUGUGGUCGAAGUGGAAUAUCAGUGCUGAUACGAAAUGCUAAUGCGGAAUGCUAGCACGGCUAAUGGUCGUUACUACAACUGUCAAGUUCACCAGCUUUUUGGCAGAACAACACACAUCUGUGGUUUCAGCACAUGGAAGCCCAGUUGUAACUUAGAGGAAUAACUCCGGAUGUGGCAAAUUAUUUCCACGUAGUGGCCAGACGAUAGCAAUGGCGUUUGGAGGAUCCUUCGGGCUAAAGGAAGCAGCCAAAUUCGACAGGACACCGGCGAUCGCAAAUAUCAACUGUAAAUGAUGAGGUGGCGACUUGUCAAGGGUGUACCCUGCUUACCGCCUGAGCCCCCCCUGCGACCUUGAAAGGGACAAGCGGUAGAAAAUGGAUGGAUGUUCACAUUUAUUUAUGAGAGAGAGAGAGAGAGAGAGAGAGGUGAGGCUGGGGGAGGGGCGAGAGAGAGCUCCAGACCAGCCCCUCCAGCCUGCUGCAUGUUUCAACUGAGGUCCUACUUUCCAUCAUAGAGCCUUGUCAGUUUGACUCAGUCACUGGCUGCUCAAGUCUGGAUUCUACUCUCGGGAAGGCUGCUAAAGUUCCAGAUAGGGGCAAAAGUGGCAAAGGCACACAGAGCUCAAGAUCCCCCUCUUCUGGUGACACUUGGAUCUCGUUUAUCUUUUCAUAUAUGUUUCCACGCUUCAAAUAAAAUGACUUUAUAGCCAUUAAAGUACCCUCGAGCAUGGAGGCUUCAAGUUCUGCUCAAGUUUGGACUACGUCCACAAUGCACCCCUCCUCGACACCGCUAUCCUCUUAUGGCUAUCUUCAGUUCUUCUGGCGGUACCAAGACAAUGCAGUCAUCGUGGAGCAUUACAACUACACCGGCAAGCUGCAGCGGGACCGCUACCGUGACGGCCUCCGACCUGAAGGCAUCGCCUUCCUGGUAGUGUGUCUGCUCAUCGUCCUGGAGAACGCCGUGGUUCUCCUUGCUAUCUGGAGGAACAAAAAGUUCCACUUGCCCAUGUAUUAUCUCCUAGGAAACCUGACUCUCUCUGAUCUCCUAGCAGGGAUUACAUACAUGGCAAACAUUGUCAUGUCCGGGCCAAAGACUUUGCAGCUGACGCCGGUGCUGUGGUUCCUCCGAGAGGGAGGAGUUUUCAUCACUCUGGCUGCCUCUAUCAUCAGUCUCCUGGCUAUUGCCAUCGAACGGCAUGUGACCAUGGUGACCAUGAGGCCAUACCACAGUGCAAAGCGGGGACGGAUGUUGGCGUUGAUCUGUGCAAGUUGGGCUCUCGCUGGCUUUUUGGGCGUCCUCCCAAUCCUGGGAUGGAACUGCAUCCACAGGCUUGACCAGUGCUCCACCGUGCUUCCACUCUACGCCAAGAGCUACAUCCUGUGCUGCGUGUCUGUGUUCAGCGCCGUUCUCCUCGCCAUCGUGGUCCUUUACGCCCGGGUUUUCCGCAUCGUCCGCAUAAAUACGCAACGCCAGCGGCUGGGCUUGUCCAGCAGCAUGAGAAAAGGCUUAGCGAGGAAAUCCCAGAAGUACAUCGCCCUCCUCAAGACGGUCACCAUCGUUCUGGGUGUCUUCAUCGCCUGUUGGCUCCCCCUCUUCCUCCUCCUCCUCAUGGAUUUCUUCUGCCCAACGCACAGUUGCCACCUCCUCUUCAAGGCAGACUACUUCCUGGGGGUGGCCAUGGUCAACUCGCUCCUCAACCCCAUCAUCUACACCCUGACCAGCAAGGACAUGCGGAGAGCCAUUCUGAGAUUGCUCUGCCGGCCGUGUCUCAUGACCAGAGAUGGCCAGGUGAAGAAGAUCGGCAUGCCAUUCCUGGAGUGUAGCUUCAGCAAGACAGAAGUGGCCUCGCAGAAGUUGGAGGGAGGGGUAGAGACGACAAUCUCUUCUGGGAAUGGCGCCACAACCCAAUCUCCCAUCAAGGCCCUUUAUCCUAAACUCUUUAAGCCCUAAGCACUCGGCUUGGGUCGCACUUAACUGAGAAUAUGUAGCACACCUCUUGUAGGACAACUGGGAUCUACUCACUGUUGAUGCUUUUUUUACUGGCAAAAACAAUCCCCUAGUCCCUAAACCAAGAAGGAAAUGCAGACAUUAGCUUACCCCGUUGUUGAGUCUUAGCUCUGGAUGUUUCAGCAUUGUACUCCACCAUCCUCUCAGUCCCUUCAGAGGUACACUCAGGAAACCUCUGUUACUCGCAAUUGUUGUUAGCAUGGCUCCUUCUGACUGAUGCGUUCAAGGUGGCAUGGGUUUUUGCAAUAUGUACUGCGCUUUGGAAAAUGGUUAAUUAGGACUAAAACCAGGAACAAGAACAGCCACAUUGGGUCAAGAAGCAUCCCACACACAAAGCUACAGUUAGUUUUAGUAUAAAGGUUUCUUUAUGCAGUGACUGUAAAUAUUCUUAUUACAUUAGGUAUUCUAAGGGCAUCGAAUCUAUCGCAAAUAGACUGUUCAAAUUGUCUUACAAGACUACCUUAUCGUCCAGUUGUGAUUAUUUCAUUACCCCGAGGAUAAUUGGUAACAACUCUGGACAAAAAGGCUACUUAUUAAAUGUCAACCAGCCAACUCUUGUCAACUGAUUUGCACUGAAAUGCACUCCUGUGGUUCUAUGGUUUAUACCCAAGUCUGGAUUGAUUAAAAAUAAAUGAGCGGCAAGAGUAGACACCACAUUCAGACUCACGCAAUUUGUGUGGUUUCAUCUUUAAGAAAAUUAAAAUGCACACACUUGUUAAUCUAUAAACAUAUGAAUUUCGCUGGAUCGAAGGCCCAUAUAGUGUACAUAACGUCGAUGCAGGAAGGGAGAUAGUCAACAGGAAAGAGCUGUGGUACAUACUGUGGCACAGCAACCUUCAGUGGGGGGUAGACACAAAACCAAAGUUUUGAAAGGUUUGACAGUUGUCGCGUGCCAAGUGGAAAAUGCAUCAGUGUUGAACACCAGUCUGGCUGCAAAGCACAGCAGCAGAAGCACAAUGUUGUCAAUGGAUUCCAUUCCUAUUAUCUCAUGUUUGGUGUCACACUCUUGUACAAAUGUUUAUUGCCUUUUUUUGUACUUUAAUUAAUUUUGUAAAUGUGUCAUAACACCUGUAUAGUAAAUUAUAUACAUUUUGUAACAAUGUCUGUGAUCUUAACCUGUUUUUUUAUAUAUAUAUAAAGGACAGAAAAUGUU